AUGUAUGCUGCAGGAAGUUGCGGGGCAAGCGAAGUUGAGCCGCGAUAUGGCAAAUCGCAUGAAGAUGGGUUGCGGAAAUCGCUACUUCAAGAAGUGACUGAGCAAGAGGUUGAGUCGCAAGUGGUGGAACCUCAAAGAUCAACUUGCGAGAAAGCGGCCUGCAAGAAGGAGAAUUCGCCGUGUAGGAAUGAGGUUCAAGUGUGGCAGGAUUGGUUGCAAGAAGCUGAGACGCAAGACACCGAGCCACGAGGAGUCAGCUUCCGAGUUGAAGUAUGA